UCGCAAAAUGGCGGACGGCGGCGUGGAUAUUGAUCUCUACGCCGACGAUAUUGAAUCGGAUUUUAAUAGACAAGAUGAGUUCGGUGGUGACAAUGUGGAUUUGUACGACGACGUGAUUGCGGCACCUGUUGUGAAGCCUGAGGAUGGUGAUGGGCCUCCUAACGCGGGAGCUCCGCAACAUUCGCAUCCGCCAGAGGAGACAAACGGCUCUUCUCAAUAUCACAACAGCGCACCAAACCACGGACAUCAUGGCCGCCGCUUCCAGCUUUACGUCGGCAACCUAACCUGGUGGGCUACAGACCAAGAUGUGGCUAAUGCAGUCGGUGAUGUCGGUGUAACCGACUUUCAAGAUGUGAAGUUCUUCGAGAAUAGAGCAAAUGGACAGUCCAAGGGGUUCUGCGUUAUAUCCCUUGGUUCGGACCAGUCUGUUAGGAUGGUCAUGGAUCGCCUGCCAAAGAAAGAGAUACAUGGGCAGCAUCCUGUUGUCACCUUACCCACUAAACAGGCGCUGAACCAGUUUGAGAGUCAGUCUAAGACCAGAUCGACUCCCCCUGGACCCAACCCUGGCAUGAGAGGACCGCAUCCGGGCGGUCCACCCGGACCACAUCCAGGAGAAUUUUUCGGCGGAGGACCAAACGGUCCGGGUCCGAACGGCCCUCGCAUGAUGAUGUCGGGCCCCGGGCCGCACCACCAGAUGCGCGGGCCGCCGCCGGGCCCGCACGGGCCGCACCACCUGCCGCAGCACCCGGGCCCGCCGCACCACCUGCAGCACCAGGGCCCGCCCGCCCACCAGGGGCCCCCGCCGCACAGGCCGCCCAUGCAGUUCCAAGGGCCGCCGCAGAUGCAGCGGGCCCCGGGUCCGCGGCCGGGCCCCGAGUGGGGCCCGCGCGGGUCCCCGCACCACCUGCCGCCGCAGCCAGCGCCGCAGUACGGCCCGCCGCAACACCAGAUGCCGCACCAGUUGCCGCCGCCGCACGCAGCACCUGGCCAAGGUCUUCCGCCGCCUCAUCACCAGCUGCCACCACAUCAACAGGGCCCGAUGCGAGGCCCCGCACCUCUACCACAACAUCCAGGCGUAGCCGUGGGCGGAGCGCCAGCGCCGCACGUGAACCCCGCGUUCUUCAACCAGCAACCGCCCGCCCACCAGCCGCCCGCACACCAACCUCCGCCCGGCGUGCAGCAGGCGCCGCCGCCAGGACCCGGUACACCGUACGGUCACCCGCAACAUAAUGCUCCGCCGCCAGGACCUCCACCCGGAGCACGGCAACCCUACGGGAGACCACCACAGAGCUACGGCGGCGGGCCGGGCGUGGGCCCGGGCGUGGGUCCGGGCGUGGGCCCCGGCGCGGGCGCGGGCGCGUCCCCGGGCCGCGGGCCGCACCACGCGCUGCCGCCGCACCCCGCGCACCCCGCGCACCCCGCGCACCCGCAGCACGCCCCGCACCCGCAGCACGUGCAGCACGCGCCGCACGCGCAGCACGUGCCGCCCAUCUCGGAGGCGGAGUUUGAGGAGGUAAUGAACCGCAACCGCACCGUCUCCUCUUCCGCUAUCGCGCGCGCCGUCAGCGACGCAGCCGCUGGAGAGUACGCAUCCGCCAUCGAGACGCUCGUUACAGCCAUCUCACUCAUCAAACAGAGCAAGGUGGCACACGACGACCGCUGCAAGAUUCUAAUAUCCUCCUUACAAGACACACUACACGGUGUGGAGACAAAAUCCUACAGCAGUGGCGAUAGAUCGCGGCGGUCAAGAUCGCGCGAACGCGACGCACGUGCGCAUCACCGCGCCCCCCGGCGUCGCGAGCGGUCAGCCAGCCGCUACAGGGAGCGCAGUCGGGAACGUGAACGGGACCGCGACCGCGACCGCGAGGAGAGAGACAGGUACAGCGAAAGGUCGAGGGACCGUGAUCGCGAACGUGAUCCAUAUGCAUACAGGGAUUAUAGAGAACGUGAACGCGACAGGUCAAGAUCCCGUGACCGCGAGCGUGCUGACCAUUAUAAUAGAGGACACAGCAGAGAAGAGAGGCCGCGCAAGUCGCCGGUAGAGGUGGCGCCGGAAGGUGGCGCUGGUGAUGCCAGCAGCGCGAAAGCACGAGCCGCGCCGUACUACGACGAGCGUUAUCGUGAGAGACGCGAACGAGACGCGCCGCCCGCUGACCGUGAUCGCGAACGCGAGCAUCGCCGGGACGCAAGACACUAGUGUGUUACCAAAACUGGCCACGUACAUAAUACUACAACCGCAGAUACGGAUAUGCAUAAAUGUGUCAAUCGUAACCACAGACUAAAAAUAUUUCGUUAAAUCUUUACAUAGAUAGUAUAAAACAAAGUUGUCGCCGCUGUCUGUUGAGCUUAUAUCUUUGAAAUUAUGCAACGGACUUUAAUGCAGUUUCCAGCAAUAGACAGUAUUGAACAAACUGAAAGAUUUGUAUUGCAUCCGUACUGUGUCGGGACGGGUCGCUAGUUAUGUAUACAAUUGUAAACCAACAACUUAAUGCAAUGUACUUUGCAUGUCCGUUUUUUGAGACUAUUAAGUUGUGAGUUGCUAUAUGAUAUCUAUUUAUUUUAGUCGCAAUUGGUAUACCAAGGUGAAACCCAUGAAAUAAUAUUCAUAAACACAGCCAAAUUUCUUGCCAAAAUUCUUGAAAUUUGGUUUUGUUUAUGAUUAUUAUACUACUGAUUUACUUAUUGCUCUCAGGUAUAAUUAUUAUCUAUUCCACUCCUAACUUAAAAUCUGCUUAAGAUUGUCAAAUCAAAACGAAACUUACACCG